GUGAAGCUGUAGAAGGUCUUCGGGAGAGCGAUUAUCUUCUGAUUCAUUCAUGUCGGCAGUGGACAACAAUUACAGCUCACAGUCUGGAGGAAGGUCACUACGUCAUAGGGCCAAAGAUAGAAAUCCCUGUGCAUUAUGCAGGGCAGUUUAAGCUGCUGGAACAAGAUCGAGAUAUUAAGGAGCCAGUACAGUAUUUUAACAGUGUGGAGGAGGUGGCUAAAGCAUUUCCUGAACGAGUUUACGUCAUGGAGGAAAUAACAUUCAACGUUAAGGUGGCUUCAGGUGAAUGCAAUGAAGACACUGAAGUUUACAACAUUACGCUUAGUACUGGGGAUGAGCUCACUUUAAUGGGGCAAGCAGAAAUCCUUUAUGCAAAAUCUUCUAAGGAGAAAUCACGACUCAACACCAUCUUCAAAAAAAUUGGCAAACUAAAUUCCAUUAGUAAGCUAGGCAGAGGCAAAAUGCCCUGCCUCAUCUGCAUGAACCACAGGACCAACGAGAGCAUCAGUCUCCCUUUCCAGUGUAAGGGCAAGUUUAGCACCCGCAGCCCACUGGAGGUGCAGAUGCAAGAAGGUGAGCACACAAUUCGCAAUAUAGUAGAAAAAACCAGGCUGCCCGUGAACGUGACUGUGCCGAGCCCCACACCAAGAAACCCUUAUGACCUGCAUUUUAUCCGUGAAGGGCACAGGUACAAGUUUGUCAACAUUCAAACCAAGACUGUGGUUGUUUGUUGUGUGCUCCGUGGAAACAAAAUUAUUCCCAUGCAUUUUCCCUUGCACUUGACACUUCCAAAAUUUAUUCUACCUGACAGUCUGGUAAAGGGGGAGAUGUGGCACGAAUCCCUCAUCCAGCAUUGGUUUAAUAUAUGCCAGGAACAGUUUGACAUAGACGAGUAUUCCCGUGCUGUGCGAGAUGUGAAAACUGACUGGAACGAAGACUGCAAGAGCCCAAAGAAGAGCCGAUGCACAGGGCACAGCCACGUGCCGAACUCCCUCAGCUAUGCGCGGGACGAGCUUACACAGUCCUUCCACCGGCUCUCGGUGUGUGUCUAUGGAAACAACUUGCAUGGGAAUAGUGAGGUGAACCUGCAUGGCUGCAGGGACUUGUGCAAUGAGUGGGCCCUGUUCUCUCAUGAUGCUCUUCAGUACCAGGAGUCUGGUGACAGCGGCAGCGAUUACCUUUUUCCCGAAGUUAGCGAAGAAUCGAUGUUUCUGCCAACAAAACCGGAACUUCCUUAUGAAGAACUCUGGUUGGACCAGGGGUCUGGAAAGGGUGGUGAACAGCCUCUCUCUUGCUCACUAAGUGAGAAGAACAAAUGUGACAAUUACAGAGGGUCUUUCCGAUCAAAGUGUGGUACUGCAUCUCUUCCUGUGCCUGCAACUGUUGGAGCAACCACAAAAUCUUCAGAUGUUUCCCUACCUCCACCUCCAGUGCCUCCAAAAUCAGAAGCAGUGAAAGAGGAAUGCAGACUCCUGAACGCUCCCCCGGUCCCACCACGCAGUUCCAAGCCAUCCUCCACCAGUCCUUCCAUCCCUCCUCGUACAGCCAAGCCUGCGCGACAGCAGACACGCUCUCCCAGCCCUACUCUGUCCUACUACUCUUCAGGACUGCACAACAUCAGUGUCACAGAGAAUGACAACACCAAUCCAACUGAGAGCACACCUGUUUCCUGCUACCCUUGUAACAUGAUGAAAACCGAAUCCAAAGAACCCGAGAGCACGAUGCCUUUGGGAAGCCCCUCAGCUGAAGCUCUGCCUUCGAGGUUAUCUUGGCCAAACCAUUUUUCAGGAACUGCAGAAGGCCUGAAUAGGAGUGAUUUCCUGCUCGAUCCAAGCAGGAGCUACAGUUACCCCAGACAGAAGACUCCAGGUACGCCAAAGAGAAACUGUCCAGCACCUUUGACUUUUGACUUCGAUGGGUGUGAGCUCCCAGCAGGGUACUCCCCGCUGACUCCAGCAGAGUUCACAAACACCAUCUCUAGCUGUCCAAAGUCAGCAAGUUACUCUCUAGACUGCACUGAUGAAAAAACUCUGGGAGUCAGCAACACAAAGCAGAGCCAUUCCUGUCCUGCCUUACCUCCUCGGGCACCGAAGUCAAGUGACGAUAAAACAGUUACAGACAUGUGUCCCUUGCCACUGAAAAUAGAUGGUGCUGAGGAGGAGUCAAAAACUGGCUCUCCAGACCUCUUGGAAGAUCAGUAUCUCGUUAAAAAGGGCAUGCAGGAUACGUUCUCUGUGUCUUAUCCUUUCUCAUCUCCCCUCCACCUCCAAUUAGCACCAAGAUCUUGUGGGGAUGGCUCUCCCUGGCAGCCACCCACGGACCUUUCUGGACUCUCGAUAGAGGAAGUGUCUAAGUCAUUGAGGUUUAUUGGCCUGUCAGAAGAUGUCAUAUCAUUUUUUGUUACGGAGAAGAUUGAUGGCAAUUUACUGGUUCAGCUUACAGAAGAAAUCCUAUCAGAAGACUUCAAGCUAAGCAAAUUGCAGGUUAAGAAAAUACUGCAGUUCAUUAAUGGCUGGCGGCCCAAGAUGUGA